UUUCAGCGCAUUACAUUUACGUAAAAACCAAAGUUUAUGUUUUCAAGUUGUCAAAAGAUCAAUACAAUUUAUAAGGAUUAUAUGAAUUAACUAUUAAAACAAGUUAAAAAAAGUAUGGAUUUCAACGUUAAAAAAAUGGUGAAAGAUGCCGGCGCUGCUUUAAGCAGAGCAAUACAGCUGACUGAAGAAAAAUUGGGUACUUCGGAGAAAACAGAACUGGAUGCUUAUUUUGAAAAUCUUUGGAGCAGAGCAGAGAAUACGAAGAACUUUACAGAGAAAAUUGUGAAAAAUACAGAAGCUGUUUUAAUACCGAAUCCUGGUAACAGGAUCGAAGAUUAUAUCUACGAAAAAAUCGAAAAGCAGAGACCGUCGAGGUUAAGUAAUUUGGAAUAUUUAGGAAUGGAUAUGGUCGAAGCUGGUACAGUUUUGGGACCUGGAACUGCUUAUGGAAGUUCUUUAAUAAAAGUUGGGCAAUGGGAGCAGAAAUUAGGGCAAACGGAAAGAGAUUUUAUCGGUUCUGCUGGUAUGUGUUUUACUCAACCGUUGAGAAAAUUUCUCGAAACUGAAAUGAAAACCAUUAUUAAAGAAAAGAAUUUGUUGGAAGUCAAAAGGUUGGAUCUGGAUGCUUGCAAAAACCGGGUCAGAAAGGCGAGGAGCAUGUUAGGACAACCGACUAAGGAUGGAGUUUCACCUGAAGUAGCAUUAGAACAGGCCGAAAGGGAGUUAAGAAUAGCCCAAUCUGAGUUCGAUAGACAAACGGAGAUAACUAAACUUCUUCUAGAAGGCGUAGGCAGUUCACACGCCGCCCAUUUGAGAUAUUUGUAUGAAUUCGUCGAGACGCAGGCGAGAUUUUAUUCACAAUGCACAACUAUUAUGACAGAUCUUCAACGAGAAUUGACAAGCUUGUCUAAAUCCGGUCCUGUGUUACGACUAAACAGCGAAGACCUUGAAACACUCACCCCUAAACAAACAGAAAACACUAACGACAAUUACACGUCAGUUAAUUUAGCUUACACAAAUGAUAGUGACGUCACUUCCGUUUAAUUUCAUUUUUUUUUAAAUUUUUCAAAUUUUUUUCGCUUUACAAAUUACCAAUUCAACAAAAACAUCGAGUUUUCCAAAUUUCGUUAGAAUCCACUUUUUAUUAUAAACUCGGCAACCUUGCUUUCAUCUGUCAUCUGUCAUUAAUACUUAACAGCUGAAUAUACAGUGAAAAGUUUCGUUUUUUGAGGUUAUGUUUCAUCGUUUCCCAAUUGAAUAGCUCAGGAAAAUCACAGUUUCUGAUCUUUUAUCGUUGUCUUCUCUCAUCGACACCCAACAAGCGAUUUCGCUGGUGAUAUGACAAAAUCUUGAGCUGUUGGGCAUUCGAACGAUCAUCUACCAAAUAGAGGAAAUCCGAAACAAAAGUUUCAGCCCAUCUUGUAGAUUACGUGACGGGCAACUAAUAAUUUUAUGUCAAAUUUGUGUCGCGACAACUCAAUCGGGUCUAGAUCGGGCGGUUGUGACGGUCGAAUCUUCUAUUUCAACUCUUCGAGUUUCGAGUAACGUUCGGGAUCGUUGUCAUGAUGGAAAAUCAAUUAUCUGCUCAUCAGGUGUUGGUCAGAACGUACUUCUUCCAAAAAAAUCUUUCGUGGUCGGGUUUCAACAUGUUUUUUUAUAUUAUUUAGCCUACUGCAAUCUCUUAAUUUUAUUUGGACGUCUUAGAAGAGGUUUUUCCAAAAAAAUUAAGUUCCUUUCAAUCUCCUUUUUAUUCCAGAAGUUCCCAAAGACAGAUCCUUAGAUUCAUCGAUCUAAUUUACCAUUUCUGAGCCAGUGAUUGUUCUAUCACGUUCGCCGAUCAAUAGAACACGUUUAUCUUUAGCGAUUGCGAUUUUUCGAGGCUGUCCUGAACGUUUUCUAUCGCCAAAAUUCCUCGUCGACGCAUAUUUUUCCGUUCCAGAACUACCCAAAGACAGAUCCUUAGAUUCAUCGAUCUAAUUUACCAUUUCUGAGCCAGUGAUUGUUCUAUCACGUUCGCCGAUCAAUAGAACACGUUUAUCUUUAGCGAUUGCGAUUUUUCGAGGCUGUCCUGAACGUUUUCUAUCGCCAAAAUUCCUCGUCGACGCAUAUUUUUCCGUUCCAGAACUACCCAAAGACAGAUCCUUAGAUUCAUCGAUCUAAUUUACCAUUUCUGAGCCAGUGAUUGUUCUAUCACGUUCGCCGAUCAAUAGAACACGUUUAUCUUUAGCGAUUGCGAUUUUUCGAGGCUGUCCUGAACGUUUUCUAUCGCCAAAAUUCCUCGUCGACGCAUAUUUUUCCGUUCCAGAACUACCCAAAGACAGAUCCUUAGAUUCAUCGAUCUAAUUUACCAUUUCUGAGCCAGUGAUUGUUCUAUCACGUUCGCCGAUCAAUAGAACACGUUUAUCUUUAGCGAUUGCGAUUUUUCGAGGCUGUCCUGAACGUUUUCUAUCGCCAAAAUUCCUCGUCGACGCAUAUUUUUCCGUUCCAGAACUACCCAAAGACAGAUCCUUAGAUUCAUCGAUCUAAUUUGCCAUUUCUGAGCCCGUGAUUGUCCUAUCACGUUCGCCGAUCAAUAGAACACGUUUAUCUUUAGCGAUUGCGAUUUUUCGAGGCUGUGCUGAACGUUUUCUAUCGCCAAAAUUCCUCGUCGACGCAUAUUUUUCCAUUCCAGAACUACCCAAAGACAGAUCCUUAGAUUCAUCGAUCUAAUUUGCCAUUUCUGAGCCCGUGAUUGUCCUAUCACGUUCGCCGAUCAAUAGAACACGUUUAUCUUUAGCGAUUGCGAUUUUUCGAGACUGUGCUGAACGUUUUCUAUCGCCAAAAUUCCUCGUCGACGCAUAUUUUUCCGUUCCAGAACUACCCAAAGACAGAUCCUUAGAUUCAUCGAUCUAAUUUACCAUUUCUGAGCCAGUGAUUGUUCUAUCACGUUCGCCGAUCAAUAGAACACGUUUAUCUUUAGCGAUUGCGAUUUUUCGAGGCUGUCCUGAACGUUUUCUAUCGCCAAAAUUCCUCGUCGACGCAUAUUUUUCCGUUCCAGAACUACCCAAAGACAGAUCCUUAGAUUCAUCGAUCUAAUUUACCAUUUCUGAGCCAGUGAUUGUUCUAUCACGUUCGCCGAUCAAUAGAACACGUUUAUCUUUAGCGAUUGCGAUUUUUCGAGGCUGUCCUGAACGUUUUCUAUCGCCAAAAUUCCUCGUCGACGCAUAUUUUUCCGUUCCAGAACUACCCAAAGACAGAUCCUUAGAUUCAUCGAUCUAAUUUACCAUUUCUGAGCCAGUGAUUGUUCUAUCACGUUCGCCGAUCAAUAGAACACGUUUAUCUUUAGCGAUUGCGAUUUUUCGAGGCUGUCCUGAACGUUUUCUAUCGCCAAAAUUCCUCGUCGACGCAUAUUUUUCCGUUCCAGAACUACCCAAAGACAGAUCCUUAGAUUCAUCGAUCUAAUUUACCAUUUCUGAGCCAGUGAUUGUUCUAUCACGUUCGCCGAUCAAUAGAACACGUUUAUCUUUAGCGAUUGCGAUUUUUCGAGGCUGUCCUGAACGUUUUCUAUCGCCAAAAUUCCUCGUCGACGCAUAUUUUUCCGUUCCAGAACUACCCAAAGACAGAUCCUUAGAUUCAUCGAUCUAAUUUGCCAUUUCUGAGCCCGUGAUUGUCCUAUCACGUUCGCCGAUCAAUAGAACACGUUUAUCUUUAGCGAUUGCGAUUUUUCGAGGCUGUGCUGAACGUUUUCUAUCGCCAAAAUUCCUCGUAGACGCAUAUUUUUCCGUUCCAGAACUACCCAAAGACAGAUCCUUAGAUUCAUCGAUCUAAUUUGCCAUUUCUGAGCCCGUGAUUGUCCUAUCACGUUCGCCGAUCAAUAGAACACGUUUAUCUUUAGCGAUUGCGAUUUUUCGAGGCUGUGCUGAACGUUUUCUAUCGCCAAAAUUCCUCGUAGACGCAUAUUUUUCCGUUCCAGAACUACCCAAAGACAGAUCCUUAGAUUCAUCGAUCUAAUUUGCCAUUUCUGAGCCCGUGAUUGUCCUAUCACGUUCGCCGAUCAAUAGAACACGUUUAUCUUUAGCGAUUGCGAUUUUUCGAGGCUGUGCUGAACGUUUUCUAUCGCCAAAAUUCCUCGUAGACGCAUAUUUUUCCGUUCCAGAACUACCCAAAGACAGAUCCUUAGAUUCAUCGAUCUAAUUUGCCAUUUCUGAGCCCGUGAUUGUCCUAUCACGUUCGCCGAUCAAUAGAACACGUUUAUCUUUAGCGAUUGCGAUUUUUCGAGGCUGUGCUGAACGUUUUCUAUCGCCAAAAUUCCUCGUAGACGCAUAUUUUUCCGUUCCAGAACUACCCAAAGACAGAUCCUUAGAUUCAUCGAUCUAAUUUACCAUUUCUGAGCCAGUGAUUGUUCUAUCACGUUCGCCGAUCAAUAGAACACGUUUAUCUUUAGCGAUUGCGAUUUUUCGAGGCUGUGCUGAACGUUUUCUAUCGCCAAAAUUCCUCGUAGACGCAUAUUUUUCCGUUCCAGAACUACCCAAAGACAGAUCCUUAGAUUCAUCGAUCUAAUUUACCAUUUCUGAGCCAGUGAUUGUUCUAUCACGUUCGCCGAUCAAUAGAACACGUUUAUCUUUAGCGAUUGCGAUUUUUCGAGGCUGUGCUGAACGUUUUCUAUCGCCAAAAUUCCUCGUCGACGCAUAUUUUUCCGUUCCAGAACUACCCAAAGACAGAUCCUUAGAUUCAUCGAUCUAAUUUGCCAUUUCUGAGCCCGUGAUUGUCCUAUCACGUUCGCCGAUCAAUAGAACACGUUUAUCUUUAGCGAUUGCGAUUUUUCGAGGCUGUGCUGAACGUUUUCUAUCGCCAAAAUUCCUCGUCGACGCAUAUUUUUCCGUUCCAGAACUACCCAAAGACAGAUCCUUAGAUUCAUCGAUCUAAUUUACCAUUUCUGAGCCAGUGAUUGUUCUAUCACGUUCGCCGAUCAAUAGAACACGUUUAUCUUUAGCGAUUGCGAUUUUUCGAGGCUGUCCUGAACGUUUUCUAUCGCCAAAAUUCCUCGUCGACGCAUAUUUUUCCGUUCCAGAACUACCCAAAGACAGAUCCUUAGAUUCAUCGAUCUAAUUUACCAUUUCUGAGCCAGUGAUUGUUCUAUCAC